GGCCAAUACAGACGCAUGGUGUUUGUGCCCAGACCAUGCAGGGUGCAGACGCCACUUGGCCUCGCUGUGCUGAUGGGACAUCAUUGGAUGGUGUCAGAGCCAUCCCAGCAGGCAGGAACGGAGAGGGCGGGAAGCCCACAGGUGUCUCAGCUGGAGGAGCAGCCUCCUUUUGCUUUUGCAAUCCCUGCCUGCUUGACAGGCCCGGACGGCAUUACAUCACUUCCUAAAAACAAUCAAACGGAGCCCAUCUCCCAAAGAAGCACAACUCGGAGGCACCGGGGGCAGGAAACAGGAAAUGUAAAUGCUCCGCCGAAGCCUGCAGAGAGCCGCGCGGGCCAAGGCAGCAUGCAGGCGCCCAGCUGGGUGCCACUGCUCAGCGCCCUACUCCUGGCCUGGCAGGGCUCAGCCCAAGGUGGCUCUGAAAAUGAUGAGGAUGGCUCAGGAUACGGAACAGCAGCAUUACCCACUGCUACAGUGCCACCUCCUCCAUCUGCACCUCCCACGCUCCCUACAUCUGUGAGCAGCCCCCCGCCAGUGCCUGUCACCGCUGGGCCCACCGAAGGCAGCCUGGAAAUAGAAAGUACCCCCAGUCCUGAACUGAGCAACACGAGCGAUAACGGGAGUCUAGAGGAGGAAGAGCCACCUAUCCUAGCGUAUGCUGUGCCCACCGUGCUGCUGGCCCUGCUGGUCUUGCUGGUCAUCAUUUUUAUAGUAGUCCAUAACAGGAAAAAGUCUAAGCAAGAUGAGCUGGGGAGUGAAAAUGUGAAAAGCCCUAUUUUUGAAGAAGACACACCCUCUGUUAUGGAGAUAGAAAUGGAAGAGCUCGAUAAGUGGAUGAACAGCAUGAACAAAAAUGCUGACUGUGAAUGUUUACCUACUGUAAGAGAAGAAGAAAAAGAAUCAAUGGCCAAUCCCAGCGAUGGUGAAUCAUGAAGCUACCGCAGCAGAGAACUCCUCAAAGGAAGCAGCACAUGAGUUGGCAGAGCCCAGAUCAUGGAUGAACUGGACUGAAAUAAUUCACCACAAAAGACUGGAGAAGCAAAUGCUUUGUUGUGUCCUGCUACUUACAAUCUUCAGAAAAGAAAUAUAAUCAAGAUGAUAAAAUAAAGGAAGAGUGCUACAGUAGGGCUAAGGGGCCAACUUAAUUCCUAACACAGCAAGAUUCAGCACAAGCCAAGAGAAGCCUCCUUUUCUCCCCCCAUGAAGUUUCAAAAAGCUGUCCUUGUUUCUGUGUAGCUCUCCAGUUCUUCAUAGUGCAGCACGUAAAAACACAUACAUUCCAAGUUUAGCAGGCUGUUUUGUUUCUGGUUUGUUUUAUAUACAUCUAUAAACAGCACCCACAGUUCUGGAUUGCACUGGUUUAGUGGGUUUGAUUCAGACUGCUAACCUUAUAUCCACGCUAUGUUCAUCUUUCAAUUUGCUUUUUGGUAAUGGUGCACUGAUUUGCACAGGACUUCUGCUAGCACAGUACAAGAGCAGGACUGACAGACAGUAGCUGGAAAGCCUUCCAAAAGGAUCCACCAGGAAGCAGCCUGAAGCCCAGCAAGUUUUUGUCUUCCAAUAAAGGACAGCAUAAGUGUGAAAAGAAUUGAGGUUGCCUGACAGUUAACUACAGAUGAGCACUGUGCUAAGUCUCACCACCCAGCCCUUCACCCCAUGCUGUGCUGCCCAUCAACAUCGACCUGCUGCAGGUACACUCAGCCUGAAAACGCUUCUCUUCAAGAAAACAGCCUGUGAAAUUGAACAAUUAAUUAUCACACCAAACACAUUUGGUAGAUAAGGUUAUUGCUCCUAACCAAGGCCCAAGGUUUUCAGGUGCUAUAAAGUUUCAGCUUUGGAUUUCAAAUAUUGAACUUGGAAUACCUGAAUGACAUUGGCUUCUUAAUAUACCUGCUCUCCUUCCUUCAGUGACAUUGUAAGGUCAGGCUGCUGAGAUGCCUCAAGUUUGCAAGAUAAAUACGGUAUCACACCCAUCAAUUUUAGGCAGCAUGUUUCUCACGGAUGCGAUUUAAAUAUGCGACACACAUCUGACUGGAUACUUGUCUAUGCAAAGCUUCCCCCCCACCAUAUUUAAAACUUUCAUCUCACCGUACUUUACAUCCUGCCCUAUCAUAUUCUACUUGUCACCAUAUUGCAUUUAGAUAUUCUUUUCUUCUCACUCAAUUGAUGUUUUUUAUGAUCAGUUAUAUUUUGCCUGCAAAUAUUUGAGUAACAUGUUUUCAUACCUACCUUUGUUUAAGAGCAAGUGAAGAAAACCACCAGGCACCUAGGAGGAGAGUUAAUGCUCGCUAACAGCUGACAGAGAAGGACUAAACUUUGUGAAUAAGAAUAUGUCAAAGUGUUCACAGCUAAUCAUUUCCUUGGUUUUAUUCAUUACUGAAUAUUAAUUAACUAGUAAUUUCCUCGAAGAGGAAAUAUUUCUUCAUUGUUCCAAAAUAAUUUAUUGCAAACAGUGGAUUUUAUACAGGAGAUGCUAAGUUAGUAUUCCCUGCUUGGAUGAUUUUUAACUCUGAAAAUAAAAAAAGUUGUGAAAGAGAAAUGUAAAACAUUCUCUCAAACAUUUCCACAAGUUUCUGACAGUAAAAUCACUCCCCAGAACAUCUAACUGAAGAACAAUCACAAGGGAAAAAAGUGGAAGAUUGAAAUAAAGACAAUUAAAAAGUGGAAGUGGAUGUUUUCCAGGAGCAGCUUUGUUAGCAACUUCUUUCCAAUAGAACAAAGAUGCUACGCUAAGGCUUUCUGCUUUUCACAAAGCAGUAAUCAGAAGAUGUCCAAAAGAGAGGAUGUUUUCUUUAAGGGCACAUGGGUAAAAACAAAUAACUGACAAAUGUUCUUUUGAGACCAUUGCUCCUUACUGGCUGUGAGGUUCACAGGUGCUGCUGCUGCAACAGUUAGCAACAGAAAAAAAAAAGUAAUCUAUGCCU